AUGUGGAUGACUGGGUGCGAGUGUGUCUAUGAGAAGAAGGUGAACCAGUUCAGGCAUUCAGCUCCAAUCUGCUUCUUAAUAACUGCUCUCUGCAGCACUCUGGAACCAUCCACCAACGGAGGAAGAAGAGGGCGGAGAGGACCUGUCAUGUCACCAGACCAGACCAAAGAUCAUUGCAAAAAAAAUAGCCACAGCAUUAUUGAUAAAGAGGACCAAGUCAAGAUUGCCAGUGACCCCAUGGAAAAAGCCAACCAGGAAAACCAAACUUUCGUAUCUUUUUUUUGGGUUGUUGGCUUAUCUGAAGAUAAAGAACCUCAAGUUCUCCUGUUUCUGGUCUUCCUCUUCAUCUAUCUCAUCACUGUCACUGGUAACUUACUCAUUCUUUCUGUCAUCUCUUCCAGCCAGCAACUGCACACACCAAUGUAUUUCUUCCUAGCCAACCUGUCCAUCAUUGACAUCAUCUUUUCUUCUGUUACCGUUCCCAAACUUCUCUUUAUUUUAGCCACUGCCCAGAAGUCUGUCUCUUUCUCUGACUGCAUCACACAGCUCUCCUUCUUCCAGUUCUUUGUGGUGGCUGAAUGUUAUCUUCUAGCGGUCAUGGCUUAUGACCGGUAUGUGGCUAUCUGCUUUCCUCUCAACUACAUGCUUAUCAUAAGCAAGGAGGUCCGCUUCUGGAUGGUCAUUGCCUGCUGGGCCUGUGGCCUCGUCAACUCGUUGAUCCAAGCCAUCUCCAUCUUACACCUUGACUUCUGUGGUCCCAAUAAAGUGGAUCACUUCUUCUGUGACGUUACUCCCCUCUUCAAGCUGUCCUGCUCUGACACGAGGCUCGGAGAGGCUGUAUUUCUAAUAGUGGUGGUUUUAGCGGGCAUGGGGCCAUUGACUUUUAUUCUAGUGACCUACGGUCGGAUCAUCGCAGCGGUUUCAAAAAUUAGUUCCAGUAAAGGACGUUUUAAAACCUUCUCUACUUGCGCCUCUCACUUCACAGUGGUGGCACUCUAUUACGGUAGUGGCAUCUUCAGCUACAUCUGGCCAUCCUCCACUUACGCCAUGGACAAGGAUGUCAAAGUGGUGGCCGUACUGUAUACAAUUAUGACUCCUAUGUUGAACCCUAUUAUUUAUUGCUUGAGGAACAGGGAGGUAAAACAGGCCCUGAAGAAGGCUUUAGGUAGCAAGAGAAUAAGAUAA